UUAACCAUCUAUUAGUAGUUGCUUAAAUACAUUUUGUGGUAUCUGUAACACAAAUUACACGGGGAAGAUGACAGCAUGAAGUGAUCAUGUAUAAGAACUUGGAUUACAAAGGAAGGGUGCAUCUUUAUGGAGGGUAUACAAACAUGAAAAUAUAGCUUUAAAGAACCAUUAUGUUACUUCUUGUUGACUGAACAACCAAGUGGAAAUGCAAUCGGUCGGGAAAUUGUUAUACAACCAAGCAAUAUAAAUACUAACCUUUUCACCAACCUCUUCACCAGAGGCAUAAACAACUGGUACAAAUUGAAUCAUAUUAUGCCCGAUCAAGUAUAGCUGCAAUCUUGCAGAAGGAGAUUAAAUGGGAAAAAAGUCAGCACAACAAAAAAUAGACUAAGCUAUACUCCUUCGAAAGUGCUCACUUUUUUGGGGUAAAUAUAAAAUUAUUAAUGCUAACUUGAACCAUCUAUAGUGAGCAAAAACAAUAAGUAGUGUGAGAUGAGCACCCAACAAAAUGGCAAACUUGAAGUUAACAGACCUGAAGUUAAAAAAUGGCAUUCUCACUGGCGGCUAUUGUCAAUAUGGGAAAAGAAGCGACAACUAAAGCACUUACCUUCUCUAUUUCCUCGAGUGCAUCAUUUAGAUUUGCCUCAUUUCCCACAUUUGCUGCCUUCCAACUCUAAUGUGUGGAUGUCAUCACCAUUAUAAUUUUUAGGCCAAUUAGUUUGUAUGUUUCAAACUUCAUAUCACCACUACAAAUGUAUAUCAUAGAACACCAAUUUAACAAUUUGACCAUUCCCUUCAAAGAUCUUUAGAGUGCAGUGCUCUGUGUGUGAUGCGUAGGGGAAAUACCACCAUAUGUGAACUCUUUUACAAAUAAUAAAAUCUUAUAAGAAUA